UCAACAAGCAGUGGAUCUUUAUUAGACCAGAGACUGUCAUUGAUCGGCAUAAACUGAACCUAGUGUCUGAGCACCAUGCUAUAGUCAAGCAGUCAUUUGCUGUUGGAGACAGACAACCUGCAGAGCUGUCCUUAAAGUUUAAAGCAAACCGUGUUCACAGCUGUCUGGACUGUCAUCUCCAAACAAACUUGUGUCUUAGAAGACUAUGGACAAUCAAACAUCAACAUUGAAUGGGAAAAACAUGGCAUCUAGGAUGGAGGACUCACACAUGGGACUUGUCGAGGAUGUCACAGACGGCAGCCAUACUGACUCUGAAACAGAGACGAUCAUGCCCCUAGAUGAGUGUACAUCACAUCCCAUACUACAAAUGGACCAGGCGGUAAUGGACAACGUGGGGCAGCUUUUCGACCACUGCAUCCAGCAGGUGUCCCAUCUGGAGACACAGAGGAACGAGCUGAUACAAGAGCUCCUCCGUCUGCAGGAACCCAUUCUGCGAGUUGUGGGGCACCUGAGAGGGAAGCUGCUAGAGACACAGAGGCUGCUCACGCUGGCUCAGAUGGAUUAUGUCGCUGUUUAUGAGGAAGUGAAGGAGGUGAAGAGGAAACUUUUUGCCACAGCCAGAGACUGCAUCCAGAGCCAGGUGACGCUGGCUGAACAGGAGUACGAGGUGGCUCAGUCUGCUGUGACACAGGAGGAGCUCAAAGCCCACAUCCAAAGUCUGAUCCAGGAGUUGUCCGAGCUCCAGGAGGCCCAGCAGAAGCAGCUGAACACCCUGAGGGACCAGGCCUCUAAACCCUGCAGGCCCAGGGCCACGAGUGACGUCAGCCAGUGCCGACAGGCGUCGGUCAGGCUGCAACGGCGGCUCAGUGGCAGUGUGAGGGCGCUGGAGGGCUGGUAUGAGCCUCGGCUCAUGGCCCUGCUGAAGAGAAGGCAGGUUGGAUUGGACGCCUUGAGAAAGAGCAGGGAGCAGGCUAUGGACCUGAAAGCCAGGCUGGGGCCCCUGAGAGAGGAUAUACAGAGGCUAGAGGUGCAGAGAGCCUGCCUGGUGCAGAGGGUCACUCUGAUGGAGAGAGAGAGGGAGGAGGGCAUCACACAACACAAGGAGACUGUGGAGAAACUAAAAGAGACUUUGAAAGAACUGGAAGUGGAGUUUGCGGUUCAAAGAACAUCUAAGAAAGAUUUGGAGGAUCGUAAUGACGGCCUUCGAAAAGAGCUGACAUUUCUCAGAGGCUGUGAUGAACCCAGUGAAACCAUGGAAGAGGAUCCCUAAUUUUCUGUUUUCAGUAGAUAUUAAGCCUAUUAUCUACACCAGACCAAACCAUGGUAUAGGAUUUACAUUUAAUAUAGAAAAGCUCAUUAUAUGCAGCAUCAUUUUUUUUUGCUUCAAUAGAAUUAACUCUUACCUACAACUUAUCUGGCACACUGUGCCAGGAAGCAAAGCAAAAAGAUUUACUGUAAAUAUUUUAUUAUGAAUAUUCUUAAGUACGCAAGAGAUCAGAUGCAGCACAGAAGAACGCAUAGAAGAAAAGAAAAAAAAACACAUACAAGUGACAAACGCAAUCUGGAAAAUUCAUACUAUGAAUAUCAAGCAAAUACAA